AUGCAUCUCAAGCACGUUAUUACUGCCCUGGCGGCGUUCAGCUCGUUGGCUGCGGCGGCACCUGCUCAGGAUGCAAAAGCCGCGGACAAGGGGCAGGGUCAAAAUCAGAAUCAGAACCAGAACCAGAACCAGGGUCAGGAUAAGAACAAUGCCAAGGGGAACAACAACAAUAACAAUGGCAAGAACAACAACAAUAAUAACAAUAAGAACAAUGGCGACGUGAACAUUAUCCAAAACAUCAUCAAGCCCAACAUCAUCGUCGUCCAGGAGAACCUCGACAAGAUCAAUCAGUUGCAGAGGCAGAACGAGAGAGAACUCGCCGCGUUGGUGCAGUCCCAGCUCGCGCUUGCGACACAGCUGCAGACCGUCAAGGAUAACAUUCGGAUUAAUCACUUCAAGGCCCAGUUUCCUCAGGCGAACACUAUCAUCGUUACUGUUACCGGCUUAGUCGACAACAGAAAUCAGGGGCAACAGAACAAGCGGUACCUCGUCAACCAGCUCCUCGCAGACAAUGGGCAGGCAGGGAAACAGACGCUCGUCAUGGUAACGGACCCAACUAACCUGGAGAUCUCAACACAACAAGCAGCGUCAGCCCAGGCAAACGCCUUUGGCGCCGCCCGCGUGCAACUUGAGUCUUCCGCUUCGCCCGCUGGAUCCAACACGUCCGACUUCAGUGCCCAAGCCGUCGGGUCCGCCACCGCCGACAACAGCCUCAGUCUCGCAGCCUUCAACCAGGCAGCGCCCUUCGGCCAGAUAGGCCAGAGCAUCAUCCUCCCCGCAGGCACACAGGCGCCGCAGCUGCUCUCGGUCCCGGACCCAGCCGCCAUCAUCCUACCCCAGCAACAGGGGCUCUUUGUCCAGAACGCGGGGACCUUUUUGACCGACUGCGCGACAUCCGCCGCUAACGCCGCCAACGGAAACCCGGCGCUGGCCGGAGCCGCUGCGCAGAUCUUUUCGAGCUUUCAGCAGAUUGCCGCCGCGCAGCUGGCGGGGUUAUCCGGGCUGGGAAUCUUCAAUGGGAAUGGGGCCAACAACACGGCGCAGGCCCCCCCGCCGCCUCCUGCUCAGGCUCAGGGCCAAGGCCAAAAUCUGGGAAGCAUUGCGGUUGGAGCAAAUCAGGGAGGAGUACAGCCGCCUCCCGCCGCAGCAGCUCAACCUCCGGCACAGGUCGCAACGCCGCCGCCGCCUCCUCCCCCUGCUCAGGCCCAGGGCCAGCAAGGCGGACAGAACCUUGAAGCACCAGCUCAAGUAGCCGCGCCGCCGCCAGCGUCGCAGAAUGCUCCGGCAGCACAACCGGGAGCAGCCAUCGUCGAUGGAGCCAACCAAGCCAUCGCACCGGUGCAGUUUGGAAAGAAUCCCGGCACACCCCCACAAGCGGCGCCGGCUUCGGCACCGGCGGCUGCUGCUCCGCCUCAGGGAAAUGCCGGGUCCGGAGUGGUGAUUGUGGGAUCGAGUCCCGGGGGCCAGAGCGUCACGCAACCAGCUCCGGCUCCACCUGCGGCAGUUGCUGCUGGUGCGAAUCAGGCGCAACCUGCUGCCCUGCCUGCGCCAGCUGCUCCGGUGGCGGCGGCGCCUGCGGCGUAA